GGUCCGUAUACUAUUGCACUGAUUUCGUGGCAAGAGUCCAAAGAGUCGAAGUAGCCGUCUCAGUCUGUUUCAUAAGUAUAGAAGGGUGCACGUGAAUCCAACAAUUUGUUCUGAGCAUUUCCACAAUAUCUUCGGAGAUCGACAAUUGAAAAGGGGAUAAAACGUCGAUCCUCCAGAAAUGUUUCUUCAAGAUAUAAGCAAUUCAGUGCCCCUACAACUGCAGCUACUGGGAUCGCCAGUCUUAACGCAGCACCCAUCAAUCGUUCUGCGGAACUUUGAUGAGAGGAUGAGUUCAAACGGAUGGUUAUGCCAACCAAAUCCUCCAUUAUUACACGGUGUCACUGCGGAAUUAGCUAAUCGAAAUCUUUGGCAACAAUUUCACGAGUACAACACAGAAAUGAUAAUAACGAAGUCUGGUCGACGUAUGUUUCCGUACGUGCAAAUAAACAUAAACGGUUUGCAAAAGCGUGAAAUUUAUCAUGUAUUCUUGGAGAUAGCACCAGCCUCCAAUCAACGGCACAAGUACUGCGGAUACGAGAACGGGAAUAAGAAUGGCAAUGUGGGUGGCUGGAGCAUCGCGGGACCGGCAGAUCCGCAGCAUCCCUUAAACCGUAGGCUUUAUCAGCAUCCCGACAGUCCCGCGACUGGCGAGCACUGGAUGGAAAAUUCGAUCAAUUUUAUCAAAUUAAAACUUACAAACAACGUCAAUGACAAGAGUAACGCAAUAUUAACAUCAAUGCACAAAUACGUUCCUAAACUCUGGAUAAUUCGUUGCACCAAUGCGACGAGUUAUAAUGAGCUUUUUUCUCAUCCAGCCGCGUCAUUCAUUUUCAACGAGACGGAAUUUAUUGCUGUAACAGCAUAUCAAAACGAAAACAUUACGAAAUUGAAGAUCAAUAAUAAUCCAUUCGCAAAAGGUUUUCGCGAGACGGGACAGUCACGAUUCAAGCGCAAAUAUCAGCAAUCCGAUCAACAGUCUCAAUUGGGUUCCAACGGCGCGGAUGAUGAGAGGGGCAGCGUUUCUUUCUCCGACUCCGAUUCGAAUCACGUCUCAAGCGAACGGAGUAGUCUUGUGAGUAGUGAGGAAAACUUGACGCAGGAAUCGAAAAGACUAAGACGUGAAAUCGAAAGUAACACGGACAAUGACGCACGCAAUGAUGUUAGGCGAAUUGCCGCAAAUCUGUUCGAACCGAUCAUUGCGGACCCAGGAAUAGCAUUGAAUGACGAAAACGAGGUGCACCUUCAUAGACCCUGGUUGAAUCCACCACCACAUAGUCAAAUGAUACCACCAUUGUACUAUAAUCGAUCUUCUCUGAAUUAUCAGUACGGUAAUACAUGGUAUACGGAUAAUGUACAAAACUAUAUGACACUUCGUGAUUCCCACCAGUUUCAAUUCAGUAAUUGUUACUGUCAUCAUAUAUUGAAUGUGUUUGGAGAGCGCACUAUCAGCACUCUUAUAUCAUUCUGUCCUUAUUGUACGAUUAAUAAACGAUAA